GACCACGGGCUCUGAACCGUCGGGAGCUGCCCCGGCCCAGCCCAGGCGGGACCUCCGCCUUGACGGAAGGUUUGGGGAACCGCACCGCUGAGGCGAGAGCCUGCAGGGGACUGGGGGGCCAGGCGCGGCCGUCGGGGUGGUCCCGACCCAGACGCGAGCCCGGGUCCGCCUCCGGGGCCCACAGAGAGCCCCGCGCCUCCGCCGCCAUUGCGCCCAAGAGUGAGGACGAUCUGCUGGCCCUGGCCGCGUCGCGUCUGAGCCGCCGCAAGCGGGUGGCGGGUGCAGCCGUCGGGGUGGCCAUGGUGCUGCUGCUGCUGGUGGCUAUUCCGCUGCUGGUGCACAGCUCCCGCGGGCCAGCGCACUACGAGAUGCUGGGUCGUUGUCGCAUGGUGUGCGACCCGCAUGGGCCUCGAGGCCCAGGACCCGACGGCGCGCCUGUCUCUGUGCCCCCCUUCCCUCCCAGCUCCAAGGGAGAGGUGGGCCGGCGCGGGAAGGCGGGUCUUCGAGGGCCCCCGGGACCGCCAGGUCCCAGAGGGCCUCCAGGGGAGCCGGGAAGGCCAGGUCCACCUGGCCCUCCUGGUCCAGGUCCCGGCGGCGUGGCACCCCCUGCGGGCUACGUGCCUCGAAUCGCCUUCUAUGCUGGCCUGCGGCGGCCACACGAGGGUUACGAGGUGCUGCGCUUCGACGAUGUGGUGACUAACGUGGGCAACGCUUACGAAGCCGCCAGCGGCAAGUUCACCUGCCCCAUGCCGGGUGUCUACUUCUUCGCUUACCAUGUGCUCAUGCGCGGCGGAGAUGGCACCAGCAUGUGGGCUGACCUGAUGAAGAAUGGACAGGUCCGGGCCAGCGCCAUUGCCCAGGACGCAGACCAGAACUACGACUACGCCAGCAACAGCGUCAUCCUGCACCUGGAUGUGGGGGAUGAAGUCUUCAUCAAGCUGGACGGCGGGAAGGUGCAUGGCGGGAACACCAACAAGUACAGCACUUUCUCUGGCUUCAUCAUCUACCCAGACUGAGCCGGGUCCCAAUCCAAACGUCCCUCGCUUGUCCUUGUCUCCGCUCCCCUCCUCAUCCACUUUCAGUCGGCCCCGCGCCAUCCCAUCCUUUGAGAGCUGGGCAGUGGGGCGGACCCGCCUGCUCCAGAAGGCGGCCUUAGUGGGCAGACUCAGUGCCCCGGGGCGUAAGUGGCUGGGGAGCAGAGGCCCCGCUGGAGGAACAGAGCGGCUUGGGAAGGG